GAAAAAAAAAAAAAAUUGAUAAAUUUCAAGUCUCGUGUGAGCAGACGUGAUAUUGCAAAUGUCAACAGUUUGACCAAGAUACACGUGGUAGUGAUAGAAGGCAACUGGAUGCUCUCAAAUCCUCUAUCUCUUUCAAAUUAAUUACCUGCGUCUUCACUUCAUUUUUAAUUCUUAGCAAUGGGUAAUUUUUUCACGAAAGCACCAAUUGCAAGUAGCCCGGAGUUUGCUAAGUUUGUUGAAAAAACUAUUCAUGAAAACUGUAUUGUGGUUUUCUCCAAGACCUACUGCCCCCAUUGUAACACUGUGAAAACAAUAUUUGAUAAUCUUAGUGUAAAUUACAAAACUAUUGAAUUGAACAAACGAGAAGAUGGUGAGCAGAUCAUGUCUGUACUGCAAGAAAUUUCCCAUAGGAGAACGGUUCCUCGUGUAUUUGUGAAUGGUAACUGUAUUGGUGGCUGUGAUGAUACAAAAGCUCUCUAUCAAUCAGGGAAACUUCAAGAGAAGAUAAAUGAGUGUUCUGAAACGAAAGAAACAUCCUAAUGUUAUUGUUCCCACUCCAUUUCAUCAUGCAUUUGGAUUUCUGCUGGUUAGCCAGUAUUUCUAUUGGAAUGUUCUCCUUGUAGAACUACUGUAAAAAAAAUUGUAUUAGAAUUUAAGACUAAUUUAUCAUGAAAUGAGAAAAUU